AUGAGCACUGCUUUUCCCAACUCUACACUCGUGUCAGCUCCAAAACCAACCUCUGAUCACACGCCCAUUCUGCUCACCAUUUCCACCUCCAUCCCGAAACCCAACUUGUUCCGCUUCGAGAAUGCCUGGCUCCAUCACCAGGACUUCCUCCCGUCUGUGCUCCCGGCCUGGCACGAAGGUGUCUCUGACGAUGCAGCUGGCGCGCUGGUUGGCUCGCUGAAAGCGGUUCGGUGCGCGGCAAAGGUUUGGGCCAAGCGCAUGCGCGCUCCUCCAACUCUCCACAAAAAUUGCAAAUUUGUUAUUUACAUGUUUGACAUCCUUGAGGAAGCACGCAACUUGUCCGCAGGAGAACUGGUUCUGCGCCAUGAGUGUCGGGAGCGUCUGGCGCUCUCCGUUCGAGAACGGGCCGCGUACUGGAAACAACGCGGUAAGUUCCGUGCGCUUCGCGAGGGGGACGCCAACACCCUGUUCUUCCACGCGCAUGCCGGCGGGCGGUUGUGCCGCAACCAGAUCCACGGCGUGGAGUUCGGCGGGGUUGUGGUUACCGCUCAUGAUGCCAAAACGCGCGCCCUCACGGCGCAUCUCCGGGGCCUCCUCGGCGUCGCCGAGGACACCGCCUGGUCGUUCGACCUGGACGGCCUCUACCUCGACGCUGCCCGACCGAACGCGGCAGCCAUGACUGCCCCGUUCACUGAAGGCGAGGCGCGCAUGGCCGUGCGCGCCAUGAACCGCAACAGCUCCCCCGGCCCGGAUGGCUUUGGCCCGGGCUUCUACGCCGCAGCCUGGCACGUCGCCGCGCCCACGGUAAUGGCCUUCGCUGAAGCUUUUCAGGCGGGAACUGCAGACCUGGAACGCCUCAACCGUGCAUACAUCGCCAUGCUGCCAAAACACCAAACAGCUCUGAAACCCGGGGAUUAUCGACCCAUCUGCAUGCAAAAUUGCUCCCUCAAGAUUGUGGCGAAGAUGCUGACCACACGCCUCCAAGUCGAGAUCCCCCACCUCAUCGAUCCUGAUCAAACGGGCUUCAUCAAAGGGCGCUCCAUCUCGGAGAAUUUCAUAUAUGCGGUGGAGCUAGUCCAAUGCUGCCACCGUCGGAAGAUCCCCACAUUGGUACUCAAACUGGACUUCGCCAAGGCGUUCGACUCGGUGGAUUGGGGGAGUUUGGACAGGGUGCUUGCCGUGAGAGGUUCCCCCCCCACUUGGCGCAGCUGGAUCAAUAACAUUCUCACUACGUCCAAGUCUGCUGUCCUGGUAAACGGAAUGCCCGGGCCGUGGUUCUCCUGCAAGCGCGGGCUGCGGCAGGGCGACCCCUUAUCGCCCUACCUGUUCCUUCUAGUCGCCGACGUUCUGCAGCAACUUAUCAAGCAAUCUGGGGCUGUGCACUACCCCGCCGAACCCAGUCUGUCGUGCCCAGUUAUACAGUAUGCGGACGACACCCUUCUGCUGGUGCGUGCGCACGCCCACGAUGUAACAAACCUGAAGAACUUGUUGGACAGCUUUGCGGCUGCAACUGGGCUCAAAAUCAACUACAACAAGAGCACUUUGGUUCCUAUGCAUGUCUCGGCUGGUCUGACGGAGGAAUUGAUUCAAAUCCUGGGUUGCAAGCAAGGGGCGUUCCCCCAAACCUACCUAGGGCUGCCGCUAUCCAACACGAAGCUGCCGCUGUCUGCCUUUGCUCCACUGAUCUGCAAAUCAGAUAAGUAUCUGAGUGGCUGGCAGGCUACGCUCUUGAACCCAAUGGGGAGGACAGUUCUUGUGAACUCUAUUAUGGACAGUCAGCUGGUGCAUGCCAUGUCUGCCCUGCUUCUUCCCCAAGGCGUCCUCGACGCGUUGGACGCACGGCGGCGCAGUUUCCUCUGGGCCGGCGACGAGAAAGUUAGUGGUGCUCAGUGCCUCGUCGCCUGGGGGAAGGCUUGCCAACAAAAGAAACAGGGCAGCCUUGGGAUCAAGGACCUGGCCAUGCAGAACAAGUGCUUGUUGCUGAAGCUCCUACACCGACUUCAGACCCCAGGUGACUCGGUCUGGGGGCAAUGGGUGCGCGCCAAGAUGAACCUGGUCACGAUGGAUGGCGAGGUCGUGGGCACACACUGGCGUGAUCUUGCCUCCCUGCUGCCAAUGUAUCGGGCUAUCACAACUUGUGAGGUGCGGGAUGGGCUCUCUACGGCAUUUUGGGAGGACCGCUGGCUCUCUAUGGGAACACUGAAGGAUCUCUUCCCACUGCUAUACACACACGCCACCACCAAAGACAUCACGGUCGCCAUGGCUGUGGAAGGCGGCCUCGAACGCUACCUGGUUCCACGCCUCACUGCCCGGGCGGCCGCAGAGUUGGAGCAGCUCCGCCAAAUUCUGACUCGGGUGCGGCUCCGCCCCGGUGACGAUCGCAGAAGCUCGCCACUCUGCGAUGCCGAGGGGGUGCUGCGCGCUGGACCUGCCUAUCAGCUAUCCAUGGUGGCGGCAGGGGCGCCACCGUGCGACUUCCAUGCUUUCGUCUGGGGGAACAGGGCUCCUCCGAAGGUGCAGUUCUUUGCUUGGCUACUCGUGCAAGAACGCAUACAGUGUCGAGCAAAUCUCCUGAAGAAGAAUGUGGUGCAGGAUGCAACCUGUGAAGUAUGCCGGGCCGGCGUGGAAGACUGUGACCAUCUGCUCUUCAGAUGCCCUUUCUCUUCUAGUGUCUGGACAUCGCUUCAUGUCGACACAGCGGGGUGCAGUGUGAGGCAUCUGUGGUGUGUCCCUCGUCCGGACGCCGUGCCGGAGAAGUACUACAACUGCUUUAUUCUCCUCAUAUGUUGGCAGCUGUGGAAACACCGCAAUGGUGUGAUUUUCCAAAGCUUGGAUCCCUCCCUCACUCGUUUCUGGGCGGACUGCAUAGAAGAAGCGAAGCUCUGGCCGAGCAGGUGGCCGUGUGCAGAUCGCUGUGUAGUUGAAGCCUGGUGCCAAUCCCUAUCUCCCAUGUAG